GCAUGCUCGACGGGGGGCAUGGCCGACCGUUCUUGCUCUGCACCGCCCUGGAAGCCGUGGUGCGGCCGUUGCUGCGCCAUGCGCCGAAGCAGCACAGCGGCCGCCGGCCAUGCGGCGUGCCUCGACCGCUCGGAGAGUCCGAGGAGGCCUCAUGGGCCUCCGACGAGGCGAGGACGCCUGCUGCUGCUGUGCCGCACAGCGUGCUGCAUCCUCUGGCCUCCGGCAUACAGCAACCUUGCGCACAGCCUCAGCACCUCCUGCCACCAGGCUGCGUCGUCGUCAUCGCUCAUGCUGCGCCAGCCGUCUGUCAUCUGUCGCGCUUUCUCUUCUGCGCUUCGCACGCCAGGCGUGCAUGGCUCGGCGCUCGCUCCGCAGGGUGCAGCGAGGGCCCAGAACCUCGUCCCGCGCUUGUGCACCUGCCAUGUCCGGGUGCUGCGACGUGCCAUGACGGCCAGGGGCUCGCUCGGACACGCCCGCGCGGCCGGAUCGUCAGCGAGCCUGCAGAAGCACGCUAAACGCGACCCGCUGCAGGCUCGCAGGAGCGACGAUGCACCGCGCAGCUUGCAGCUCGACAGCGGCGCAACCUUGCUCGCUCGCAAUUCUUCGGAGAGGGAGGACACGGAACGGCUCAUGUUGCCCGAGAGCCACUCGUGUUGCAUCGGGCAUGAGCCGUGGUGCGGCGGUGUGGCCAGCGAUUCGACCGUCCCGAGCGCGCACGCGCGGCACAGCCUUUGCCGGUUGCCUCGCCCAACGUCGAGGCGGCGAUGACGAUGCUGCGGCUUCC